AUGACUUUCAAAGAAAAGGAUAAGGAUCCUGUCGACUUUGAUUUUAUCAGGGUGCCUGUUGCUUUACCUAACAAACAGGCUGCCACUAUGUGGCCCGCACUCUGUGCUGGUGAAGGCGGCCUCUGGCCUGGUUUGUCAGAUGUCCGCGCAAAGCUGCGAGCGGUCCUGGUGACCUGCGAUGCCGCGCCAGCAAACCUCAAGUUACUGGGGCACCUUACGUCAGUGGUGGACGCCAAGACCCUGGUGUUGCCUUUCCUUUGUUUGCAACACAGAACUGGCAACGUCAUCGAGCGGGCGACCAAAUUGCUUGGGACCCUGACUGGUUCUUAUGCAGUUGCCAAGACCUUGAGGUCAGGAGCAGUGGUCCGCAAGCUCACUGCCAAUGUGCGAAGCAUCCUGGCCCAAAAGCUUGUGGUGGUGGACCAGGUUCCACCAGGCCUGGAGGGGGAAUGGGCCACUGGCCGGGUCGUCGCCAAGAAGAUUUUGGAAUUGGCUCUUGGAUGCGACGACGAGAAUGACCAGGCUGGCAUUGGUAAGGAGUUCCUCCAGUUCUUUGGUGGCCCAUGGACAGGACCAGGGGCCAUGUCGGACGACAAGUCGUUCCUUGAAGCUGUGAGGAGCGAAGGUCUCCAAGCAGCCUUCCACCUGCAUGACGCCAGGUUUGACACUUGCAGGGGCCUUUGGCCGGGUCCUAGCAUGGUCACAGACCAGGUCUUGAAGUCGAGACUUCAGGCAAUGUCCUCUGUCCUGGUGUCCGACACCUACGGCUCAGUGGAUGUGGUUGCUUGGGCUCGGGAGGCCUACAACUCAAGGCCAGCGAGUAUUGAAAGGUAA